AUGGGGCUUUUGAAAGAGGACGAGUUGCCAGGUGCAACUCCUUCUCAUCUUGACAAGCUGAAAGAAGCCAUGGAUGAACAGUUUAUUAAAUCCUCCAAGAUAGUUAAUUCUUUCAGAGGAUCUUAUAAGUCUCCAGCAGACUUCUCUUCUGGCGAAUUAUCUUCGACCCCCUAUAAUACGCAAACUCAUAAACCUUUGUCUUCAUCAAGUUUAUCCAGCUCUGCUGAAGGGACCUCUCCUAAUUUGAACUUUCCUCGUCUUCCUAUGCAACAACGCCCAUCGCUGGAUAAAUCAGACAUUUUAUUUCAAGUGCCUGUGGCUUCAAAUAUUACAAUGAGCCAUUCCUCGCGGCGAUCGUUUGAACAAAGUAACUCUCCUAUCAAUUCAUCCAAAGAUUUAGGUGGUCACGUUUCUCCGGCAUCGUACAGUAGUAAAGAGAAUACCACAGCUAAUGCUAGUAGAGGAAACUCUACGGCUUCUUCUGUGUAUGAGCCGUUCGAAGGUGAUUAUUUGUCUGAAUCACGUCGUACACAUUUUCCCGAUGUCAUUGAUGAUCAUUAUACUAAUUUAUUUGAAUUUGUGUUUUUGUUAGUGUCUAAUACUAAUAUAUGUCAACUUUGGAAAAACGUCAUAGAUAUUUUUACACAGCAAUAUUCAGCGCUCGAACUUUCUUUAAUAGAACCCUGUGAUAUCUCUGAUGUUUUCAAUACCCCCUGGAAGUUAAAAUGUUUAUAUCAAGGGUCUGUAGCGGAUACUAAAAGGAAUGAUACCAAUGAUUCCGAAGUCGGCAACGAUGAUAUCGCUGAUCAAUCCGAUCCGUUUAUUAUAACGGCCUCCACAGGGGCUAAAGGCAUUAUUUAUUUUUCCCAGCGACCUCCUCAUCGAAAAAGUCCUCUUUUAGAUCAUUAUACCGUUCAAACAGUCCUUGAACGAAAAGCUCCCCUAGUGUAUACUAGACGCCUCCCGUUUACCAGCCGUCCCUCUAAUUGCGAUUAUAGCUAUUCAACGGAACGCGUAACUAAUACGACAGUUGCUAGCGGGGAUAGUGCUACCAGUACAAAGAAUAGUGACAUCUCAAAUAAAGCUUCCCAACCAUUCUUAUCUGCGAAUAACUUUCAUGAAGCACCGUCCCGCUACAACUAUUGUUCAGAAUGGGUGAAUUCCGGACAGGCUAACCGCGGUAUGUAUGAUGAGUUUGAACAAAACUUAUUGUCACCCUGGUCCAAAUCUCCUAUAGGCAGUCCAGCCAUCCAAGCUGAGUCUAAUCGAAACCCCUUUUUCCAAGGUUUACAGGAAGCUUCCUUCUCCAAGUCCGAUGAGAACGAAGAAAACUUAAAUGAUACACAAAAUCUUCACAAAGAAGCGUCCAACGAUGAUCUUUGGGGGCAGUCUAUUGCUGAACAAGACAUAACGUAUAGUUUAGUUCAUAUUCCCAUUGUACAUCCUGGAACUGAUAGAUCUAGUUCUCCAUCCAAUCGUAUUCCUAUUGCAAUCCUUUCUUUUAAGUCGAAUCUUGUUCCGUAUCCUGAAAACCUUUUGUCAUAUAUCAGUCGUCUAGUUCCGUUCAUAUUCGCUGCUUACACAAAUUGUCAAGCAACUAUGGUUCCGAGUAACGUUCCUUAUUAUAAUAGUCAUGAUAAUAUGCAAUCAAAGUUACAUUCGACAACAGGUGCAAAACAUGGAGAUUUUUGUUUUAAGUCUCAGGUUACGAAUGCUCAUCAAUAUCCAAAUGAAGAACGAAGCUCAAAUUUGAGUGAAAAAAAACUAUUUAAUCUUCAUUCUCUAUACAAUAGAGACAUAAAAGCAUGUUCGAAAUUCACAGCUAAUGGCUCGUCGCUAAGAACGCAAAAUUUUUUGCAAAGGCUGAAGAGAGUAUUUGAUAAAAAAAGGCAACGAUUUUGUAAUUACAAACGCUAUACAUCAGAAAAACUGCCUUAUGAUAAGAAAUUCUCCGUGAAUAAAGGGCCAAAUGAGAAUGUAUUGAGGUCGAAUAACGAUUUUCAAGGACGACAAAAUCUCCCAGAUGACGCGUCUCCUCCUUCUUCUCUUUUGAGAAGCAUAAUUGAUUCUAUUCCUGUUCAUGUAUUCAUUGCAGAUCCUUCAAACGGAAAAGUCACUUGGGUUAACGGUCGGGCUCAGUUGUACAGUGGUCUAAGCAUAAAUGAAAUUUUGACAAGGCAGUUUGGUUGCAUACAUCCAGAUGAUUUACAGAAUUUUAUGAGGGAUUGGAAGCAAUUUCUAUAUUCUGCUGAAGCUUUUACUAAGGAGAUACGCUUACAACGCUUUGACGGUGUGUAUCGUUUCUUUAUAUUUAGGGCUAUUCCACUACUUGAUUGUAGUGGUUCAGUGUUACAUAUUUUUGGUACGAUGACUGAUGUACACGAACAAAAGCUUGCUGAAUCGAAAGUGCAAAAACAAUCUGCUGCUGCUGCUAAUGAAAGUAAUUAUCGAUCUUUGGCUGAAGCUUCUCCUCAAAUUGUGUUUGCCGCUAGCACAAAAAAUGGAAUUAUAUAUGCUAAUGCUCAAUGGCUUAGUUACUCGGGAUUGUCUUUAGAGAAUAGCUUGGGUUUAGGUUAUCUUUCUGCGGUUCAUAGAGAUGAUCGAAAGAAAUGCUUGCUUCCUGAUCCUAGUAUAGAUCCUACGAGUGCUAACACGUACGUUGCUGAGAUACGGUUUCGUUCUACUGAUGGCUACUAUCGCUGGCAUCUGGUAAAAUCCGUCUGUGUUAAUAACUCUGCAGACUUUAGAUCCAAUUUAUGGUUAGGUACUUGCACUGACAUUCACGAUCAUAAAAUGUUAGAAGAGAAACUAAAAGAGGCAAAUGUUGAGGCUCAUCGAAUUGUACGGGAUAAAAUGCAGUACCUCUCUAAUAUGUCUCACGAAAUUCGAACUCCUCUUAUCGGUAUUACUGGGAUGGUUAGUUUUUUAUUGGAAACGGAAUUGUCGUCCGAGCAAAUUAGCUAUGCUCAUGUAAUUCAACAGUCUGCUGAAUCUUUGCUGACUGUUAUUAAUGAUAUUCUGGAUCUGAGCAAAGUAAGAGCAGGGAUGGUCAAGUUGUGCAGUGAAAGAUUUUCGUUGCGCGCCAUGAUGGAGGAUGCUAAUGAAACAUUAAGCACGCUAGCAUUCUGUAAAGGAAUUGAAUUGAAUUUUAUAAUUGACCUCAAUAUUCCAGACGUGCUCUUUGGAGAUCGUAACCGAAUUCGCCAAGUUGCAUUGAACGUUAUCAGCAAUGCCAUAAAAUUCACCGAUAUGGGUGAAGUAAUUACUCACUGUUCCGUGGAAAAGUGGCUGAGAAAAGAGCAAUCCGUAGUAUUGAAAUGGGAAUGCAUUGAUACUGGACCAGGAUUUGAUGAGGUAGGACAAUCGCGCAUAUUUAAACCCUUUUCUCAAAUUGAUACUUCGAAUGCUCGGAAACAAGGUUCAGGCUUAGGAUUGGUCAUCUCUCGUGAGUUAGCAGAACUUCAUGGCGGUGAAAUGACAUGUAAAAGUGUCAAAGGUGUGGGAACACAUUUUAUAUGGACUGCCAGAUUCAAGAUUGAUAACGAAAUCCUUAAUUAUGAUAUACCUGAUGGAUGUUGCCCUGUGUGUUUCCAUCCGUACGAACAAUCCAAAAAGAUUAAUGUGCCAAACAACUACAAACACGCUGAUAAUGCUGGUAAAUUAACAAGCGAGAACGUGGGACAAGUAAACAACUUAUUUUCUGAGGAUGGUAUCAAGGUAAACACAAAUGAAAAUAGCACAAAGCUUAAAAAUAGUUCAAAGAUCAGCGGAUACCAUAAUCCCUUUGCUCCGGCUUUUAAUUUUUGUCAAUGUUCAACAUCUAUUGAUCCAAGUAAUAUACUUUUUUGGAAACUAUAUCGUUUUCAAUCUGACGGUAUUCUAUUGAAUUAUGAUGCUUUAGUUGUUAUUGUCUCACACACAAAAUUUAGCAGUGCAGCACUGGUUAAUUCUGUUCAGACGCUCUUGGAUGAGAAAACGUUAAAAGAUAUUAUAUCGUUCAAGGAUACCACUAAAGCCUAUCAUCAAUUGAGGGAAACACCUAUUAAGUCCAACGUGAGUCAUAUAAUCCUGAAUCUUGUUGAAAUUGAAGAUUAUGCUACUUUUCUUCGUUUUUUUCAACACUGCGCAUCUUACAGGAAUGCAAUCUUUAUUGUCAUUGUAAAUGCAAAGCAAAAAGCGGCCCUUCCUAAUUUAUUCACAAGGUGUGAAAUUGAUCAAUCGAGAAUAUAUUUCGUAUUGCGUUUGGUAAAACCCUCGAAAUUAUUCCCCAUUUUUUACAAGGAUUCCAUAAAUAGAGAUGAUAACGUUAACCGAAGCAGCCAAAUGUCGGAAAAGUUAGCUGUCGAACGUAAAGCCGAAACCGAAGCCCUUCAAAACGAUUUGAAAAACAGCAAAUUCAGGGUUCUCUUAGCGGAGGACAAUGUCAUUAACAUCAAGGUCUUUAGUCGUUACUUGGAAAAAAUGGGCGUGGAAUUUAAUGUUGUUAUGAAUGGUUUGGAUUGUUUCCAAGAGUGGAAGCGAAAUGAUCCCAAUUAUUAUUCACUGAUUCUUAUGGACUUGCAAAUGCCGGUCAUGGAUGGAUACCAAGCCUGUAUGGAAAUUCGGAAGCAUCAAUUAGAAAAUGGUUAUAAGGCUAUCACAAUCGUUGCUCUGAGUGCAGAUGCUCUAUCGCAUGUUGCAACGACUUGCGAAGAAUGUGGAUUUGAUACGUAUUUAUCGAAGCCAAUAACUUUAAAACAAUUAACUUCUGUAGUAUCUAAUUUGUUUUACACGAAAAUAUAA